CGUUUUGAAGAGUGAGAAGUUUCAUUUGCCUUGGCCCUUCGACAGUGCUGUUUCCAGGGAAAAUCGAAGCAGAGGGUUUCGCAACAGCGAUGCCAGUUUUUUUUUCACGACUCGGCAAGUCUCUGCCCUUUUCCGGCCUCUUCAGGCAGUUAGAGCAAGAGAUGGAAACUGUGGUUAAGGUACUCCAGCCAGGGCCGUUGGGAAUCAUAGAACACAAGUUCUCUACUGAGGAAAUUCGUGAAGCGGAGGCUACUGUUAAUAGAGCAGUGGCAAAUUGGCGGAGGAAUGCAAACCUAGAACAGGGAAGCGACAUUUUGAAAAGUUAUAUUCAUAAAUGAUGGAUCUUCCAUUACUUCAUUUUCAUGAAUAAUUUGGAUAAGAAGUAUUCUGUAUUUCAUGUAAGAUUUUCUUAGUGCUUCAUUAUAUAGUAGUAGGUGAUCAUUGCCUUUAAAUUCUAUAACAAAAUUCACUUGUUUUAGAGGUGGUGCAUGAGUUUAUUUUGUUAUAUUAUGAUGGAAUACUUGAUUUUGUACUAGUUUUAGUUUCUACUAAAGUUUCCAGUAAUGAAGGAUGGAUUUGUGGGAA